AUGUCUCGAAACAUAAAGUUAGUUUUAACAAGUUCUCGCAUUCUGACUCCCACGUCUAUUGACCCAAGACCUGGAACAAUUGAAAUUGAUAACGAUGGUCAUAUCGUUUCUAUUCUUCAAAAUAAAUCAUCAUUUGAAUCAUAUAAUUUCCUUGAUAAAUCUCAAUUCCUUGAUGUUGGAGAAAAUGUUAUUAUGUCUGGUGUGAUUGAUAUCCAUGUACAUUUGAAUGAACCGGGUAGAACACAUUGGGAAGGUUUUGAAACUGGAACAAAAGCUGCUGCUGCAGGAAAGCACUUAAAUUCUUUCUUAAUUUUUUUAAUUAUUUUAAUAGAAUUUUUAAUAGAAUUUUUAAUAUUAUUUUUAAUAGGAGGAGUAACAACAGUUAUAGAUAUGCCUUUAAAUUCUAUUCCACCAACUACUACUGUCAAAAAUUUGGAACAUAAAAUUGAAUCUGCAAAAGGAAAAUGUUGGGUUGAUGUUGGUUUUUAUGGUGGUAUUAUUCCAGGAAAUCAAAAUGAUUUAAUACCCUUAAUAGAUUCUGGUGUUAAAGGGUUUAAGUGUUUUUUGAUAGAAAGUGGUGUUGAUGAAUUUCCUUGCGUAAAUGAGCAACAAGUGAGAUUGGCUUAUGAAAAACUCCAAGGAAAAAAUUCAGUUUUCAUGUUUCAUGCAGAAAUGGAAGAUUCUCAAAAAGAAAUCACUAGUGAAAACAAAUAUUCGGAUGACAUACAAUCCAAUCUUUUUGCAAAAUUUCUUAAUUCUCGACCAUCAUCACUAGAACUCAAUGCAAUUUCAUUAAUUAUAAGAAUUGCUAAAGAAUUUCCCACAGUGCGCUCUCACAUAGUUCAUCUUUCAACUGCCCAAGCAAUUGACAUCAUUUGUAAGGCUAAAUUAGAGGGUAUUCCUUUGACCGUUGAGACUUGUUUUCAUUAUUUAUGCCUUAAUGCUGAAGAGGUACAAUUGGGAAGGACUGAUUUUAAAUGUUGCCCUCCAAUUAGAGAUGAAAGUAAUAGAGAAGAAUUAUGGAAGGCAAGAUUUGCUUUACUUGAUGGAACAAUAGAUUAUGUAGUAUCAGAUCAUUCCCCAUGUACAGCAGAUCUUAAAUUCUUAGAUAAAAAGACAGAAGAUAGAGAUUUCUUAAAAGCAUGGGGAGGUAUUUCUUCUUUGCAAUUUGGAUUACCAGUAUUAUGGACGGAAGCAAGAAAAAGGGGUUGUGGAUUCCAUCAUUUGACUACUUGGUUAUCAAAAAAUACCUCAAAACAAAUUAAGUUGAAUAAUAGAAAAGGAGAAAUAAAAGUUGGUUAUGAUGCAGAUUUCGUAAUUUGGGCACCUGAGGAAACAUUUACAGUGUUAACUGAUAUAAUCCAAUUCAAGAACAAAGUUACACCAUACGAAGGCAAAGUAUUGUAUGGAGUAAUAAAAAAGACUAUUGUCAGAGGAAAUAUUGUUUAUGAUGUUGAGAAUGGUGUUGUUGAUAAACCAAAGGGGAUAAUGCCGCCACUAAAAAUUCUCGAACGGCUUACCUUGGUUUUGGGUGGUGUGACUUUGGGAUAUUUUGCCUUUUAUCAUAAUUUAAAAAGGAAAUCACCUCUUCUUCCUGUUAUACCGGAAACACCUGCGUUGCCCGUACCUUAUGGAUAUCCUGGUCCAAUUAAUGAUCCAUUCAAAAGACAUGCUUACCAGACAUCUUUUAAUCGACGGUUGCGUCAUCCGGAUUGGGUGUUUGAACAUCUUACAGAAGAGUCUCUCAAAAGAGGACCAGAUGUUGAUCGUUCUAAGUCAUAUUUUAAAGAAGAUAUGAAUAUACCUGAGAUGUUUCGUUCUAAAUUGCGGGAUUAUGUUAAAUCUGGAUUUGAUAGAGGCCAUCUGGCUCCGGCCGCUGAUGCAAAAUUUUCUCAAGAAGCUUUGGAUGAAACUUUUUUAUUGACAAAUAUUGCUCCUCAAGUGGAUUGGGCUUUUUUUGAAGAAUUUUGUAGAAGACUUGUUACCGGUGAAAAAUUUUCAGAUGUCUAUAUAUUCACAGGAACUGCUUAUUUACCAAAAAAAGAAGCUGAUGGAAAAUUUUACGUAAAAUAUCAACUAAUUGGUGAUCCACCAAAUACUGCUGUUCCGACACAUUUUUACAAAAUCGUUUUGGCCACUAAGAAGGAUAAGAAUAGUCCAGAUGGAAUAUCAUAUUCAUUAGAAUCUUUCUUGAUGCCUAAUCAAAGAAUACCGUACAAUGACUCAUUAGAAAAGUAUAUUGUUCCCCUGGACGCUAUAGAAAGGACAACUGGUUUAAUGUUCUUUAAUGAUUUAAAAAAUAAAACUGUCACUUCUCUUUGUAAAACCGUAAAAUGUAUACCUAUCCCACCUGCCAAACAUAUCGAUGAAUCAUCAAGGAAAGAUGAAAGAAAAGCAUUACCAUUACCCAAAGAAGAAAUAAAAGCAUUACCGUUACAAAAGCAUUGA